AUGCCAGCCCCAGCAACGACGCCGCCCAGCACCACCCCGCUAGCCAACUUCCUCUGGGGCGAGGAACGACUCCGCCGGCGCUGCGAGAUCCUCGCCGCCGUGACCAAAAACCCGGUCUUCACGCAACCCAAGAACCCGCAUGCGCUGUCGAGGAGGGAUCUCUGGGUCCUGCGGCUCCAGCAGGGCGUGGAGCUGCUGGAGCUGAAAUUCCGGCUCGGGUGGUCGAACCAGCAGUUUGUCGACGCGACUAAGAUUGCGGGGGAUCUUUUGAGUAUUGGUGUCAAUUUCAGAAUAUUCAUCCGCAACCUCGAGGCCCAGAUGAGCCCCGAGCAAAAAGCAUACUGGAUCCCCAAGGCCGAACGGUUCGAGAUUUCGGGUUGCUACGCGCAGACGGAGCUGGGCCACGGAUCCAACGUGCGCGGGAUCGAGACGACGGCCACCUUCGACCCCGUCACGGACGAGAUCGUGGUCAAUUCGCCCACGCUGUCGUCCCACAAGUACUGGAUCGGGUCGCUGGGCGUGGUGGCGACGCACGCGCUGGUGAUCGCGCGGCUGAUCGUCCGGGGCAAGGACCUGGGCAACCAUGUGUUUCUGGUGCAGGUGCGCGACCUGGACACGCACGAGCUGAUGCCCAAUGUGCGCAUCUACGAGCAAGGCGAGAAGGGCAUGGGCACGUUUGCGUCCAUGGAUAACGGCGUCAUGGCGUUUGCGGACUGUCGUAUCCCGCGUGCGAAUAUGUUGGCGGGGAUGGUCUCGUUGGAUAAAGACGGCACGUACCACGCCGCCAGGAACACGAAGCACGCAUAUACCUCGAUGGUCAUCAUUCGCGGCCUCAUGUCCGAGGAGUUGGGCAUCGAAGUGGCCAAGGCGGUCGUCAUCGCGUUGAAAUAUGUCCAGUUCCGCAGGCAGUUUAACCCCAAGGACGGGCUGGAGAGGAAGGUGGUUGAGUAUGCCAGCGUGCAGAAUCGCUUGUUUCCGGCUUUGGCGAGGGCAGUGGCCAUGAUGCUGCUCGGGCGGGAAAUGCGCGCCCGCAUCGACAAUAUCGUCAACGAGAGCAUCGAGGAUCUCCACCUGCAGACCGUCGGGGCCAAGAUCUGGGCUAGUGAACACGGCGUGCGGGACGUCGAGGUGGCCCGUCUCAGCUGCGGCGGACACGGAAACAUGGCAGCCACAGGACUCGGGUCUCUUUACGCCCAGCUUUCUCCGUCUCGGACCUAUGAAGGAGAGACAUACGUCCUGUCCCAGCAGAUUGGCAACGCUGUCGUCAAGCACUGGAAGAACAAAUCCGAACAUUCGAUCAACGCCCUCUCAUACCUCGCACGCUUGAGAGACGGCGGCAGAAUGUCACAAACAGCCCGAAUCAACCGCGCGGACGACUGGUUCAGCGCAGAGGUCCAAGAAAACUUCCUCGAGCACCGAGCCGCGGUCCUCGCGCGACGGCAUAUCGCCGAUGUCGCUGGGGGAAAAGAUACCAGCUACGACGUCUUCGAGCUGACCAUGGCACAUGCGGACCUCACAUAUUGGCGAGGCCUGCAGGCCCAGGUGAAGCAGACGGGCAAGGACGAUAGGGCGGCCAUGGAGGCACUGGCGAACGUGUUCGCUCUAAACGCCAUGGUCGAGGGCCUCGCCGCCUUCGCGGGCGAAGCGUACCUCUCAGCAACGCAAGUGGCGAGUCUGCGCGCUGCGUACCAGGACGCCAUCGCCAAAUUCGCGUCCCAUGCUGACACUCUGGUCGCGGCGUUCGGAUUCACCGAGUUCGAGCUCGGCAGCGUCUUUGCGCGCUCUUCGGAGAACCCUUACGAGGGACUCCUGGAUGUGGCCAAGCAGAGCGAGUUGACCGACAAUACCAUUGUGCGGCCGACGCUGCUCAAGGCACGGAAUCUGUGGAAGAAGUACGAGCGGGCGAAGAUUUAG